GAUAGCUUGUGGAAACACGACAACACCUACGCUUUCUAUUCAGUGAAGUCAAGCUGCAUAGGCUUUUACAAUUUGUUCACCUUCACUCUGUAAUAGCCGAGCCCCGUCUUUCCUACGAAGCAGCAGCUCCAACCCUUCCCUUCGAAGACCGAACAAAUUUGCUACAAUGGCGAAGCCAGACGCUGAGACGCCGCUCCUUCGGAACCAACUGCCGGGAUAUACCUCCAUUGUGGCAGGACAUCUUGCCAAAGCACCUGGAGUAGCGUACUUGGAGCUGGCGCGACCGCAUCGCCAUAACAGCUUUCACCAGGAGCUCUGGGAGGAAUUCCCAAGGGCGCUUCGAGAGCUAGAUGCGGACGAGUCCACCCGUGUGAUCGUGCUGGCGGCCCAGGGCAAGAACUUCUGCGCCGGCAUCGAUGUGGCCUACCUGCAACGCAACUUCCUGACCCUCCUCACACCACCACCGCCACCCGCAGCAGCAGCAGGAGGGGGCAGUACGGCAGCAGCCCCCGGCCCCGCCCCCGCCCCCGCCUGCCCCGGCUCCCAGCGCGCCGCCAUGCGCCGGGGCAUCCUGGCGCUGCAGGCCGCCUACUCGCAGCUGGAGGGGUGCCGGGUGCCGGUGCUGGCGGCGGUGCAGGGUCGCUGCAUCGGCGGCGGGGUGGACCUCAUCACCGCGUGCGACUUGCGGCUGUGCAGCUCGGGGGCGAGCUUCUGUGUCAAGGAGGUGGACCUAGCCAUCACGGCGGACCUGGGCACCCUGCAGCGCCUGCCGCACCUCGUGGGGCAUGGUGUUGCCAUGGACCUGGCCCUCACCGCCCGCACGGUGGGAGCGGAGGAGGCGCGCAGGAUAGGACUGGUCAGCACGGUCGUGCCGGACAACAACAACGGUGGCAGCGGGGGCGGUGGUGGUAGCGGCAGCAGCAGCAGUAAUGGUCGCGGGGCGGUGGUGGCCGCGGCGGUGGCGCUGGCCGCGUCCAUCGCCGCCAAGCCAGCGCUGGCGGUGCAGGGGACCAAGCGGGUGCUGCUGCACAGCCGCGACCACCCGCCCGUGUCCGCCGGUCUGGACUACGUGGCUACGUGGAACAGCGGGCAGCUGCUGAGCGCCGACCUGGGGGCGGUGAUGGCGGCGGGGGCGGGGGUGCGAGCGCGGCUGUAGAGGAGGGGGCAAUUAAGAGUGCGUGAGUGCUGUGGGCACAAACCGUGCAUGGGCGUGUGGGCUGUUCAGGCGCAUGCGUGGGCGCUUGGGCUGACCCUUGGGUCGCCGUGCAAUGCGGUGGCGUGCAUGCAAGUGGAUCGUGAGGUGGGAUGCCGGUGGUCUCGGUGCCUGCUUGGCGGUUGGCGGUUGGCUGCUGCACGGUAGGCAAGAGGCUCAUGCAACACCCCCACCACCCAGCCUGUAGCGAGGGUGCUGGGCGGUGGAGGCGGGCUGUCCUCGACUCUGGGGGCUAUGGGGUGGCGGCUGCGAUGGUGCCCGGCCGGAGCAUGUGUCAGCACGUGACAUGCGGUUACCGGUAUUGCACUGCACACGGCUUCACAGCAUUAGAUGUG